AUGGCAUUCUCAACAACCCUCCAUCCUUUCGACCCAAUUACCCCUGGCGAGAUUCAAUUGGCGGUUCGGAUUCUAGAGGCAGCUUUCCCAGGUGUUCCUCUACGACAAAAGCGCAUUGAUGUCCAAGAGCCUAUCAAGAGCGAAGUCGUUCCUUAUAUAGAGGCGGAGAGGUUGCGAAAACCUCUUCCAGCAAAGCCAACUCGCCUUCUUUUUGCUUUAUUCCACCGCCUCGAUAGUGGUGCUUUCUACAAAGCAUUAAUAAAUGCCGACAGCAAGUCAAUUGUUUAUGCGAAAGAGCUUCCCAGAGAAGUGCAGGGACCCGUUGAUAUAGAUGAAAUGAUCGAUAUUGAAAAGCUCUGUAUGGAGCAUCCGGCAGUCAAGGCAGAAAUUGAGAAGUUGAAGCUUCCCCCGGGCAUGGCUGUCUGCAACGAUCCAUGGAUGUAUGGAUCAGAUGACCCAACCGAAACUCGACGACUAUUCCAAUGCUUCAUGUACAUGGUUGCGGUUGAUCACCCUCAGAACAACCACUACUCUCUACCCUGCAAGUUCUCUCCUGUGUUCAAUGGUCUUACACAUGAAUUGGUCCGCAUGGACUAUCUUCCCGGUGGAUCAGACGCCCAAGUGAUGGAAACACGGCCGUGGAAACCUGUGAAUACAGUCCAAUACGCCCAUGAUCUACUAGAUGAACCACUCAGACAAGAUCUUAAGCCCUACAUUGCUCAGCAACCUGAGGGACCCUCGUUCUCGGCAGACGGCAACUCGAUUUAUUGGCAAAAGUGGCGAUUCAGGGUGGGAUUUAACAACCGCGAAGGUAUGGUGAUUUACAACGUGACAUAUGAUAAUCGCAAUAUAUUCUACCGUCUUUCAGUCUCGGAGAUGACGGUUCCAUAUGGAGAUCCUCGGGCGCCUUACCACCGAAAACAGGCUUUCGAUGUUGGUGAUGUCGGAUUCGGUCUCAAUGCCAAUCAGUUGUCUCUGGGAUGCGACUGCCUGGGUCACAUCAAGUAUUUCGAUGGCUACAGAACAGAUGCCAAGGGCCAACCGGUGCUUUUGAAGAAUGUCAUUUGCAUGCACGAGCAAGAUAAUGGUAUCCAACACAAGCACACCAACUACCGUUCAGGCGCCGCAACUGUUGUGCGCAACCGCCAGCUUGUUCUUCAGAUGAUUUGCACUGUUGCAAACUAUGAGUAUAUUUUUGCAUACAUCUUCGACCAGGCCGCCAACGUCGAACUUGAAGUCCGUGCUACUGGAAUUCUGUCAACGGUUCCCUUUGACAAUGAGAAUGGAGCCACUGUUUCUUGGGGCACCAAUGUUGGCCCUGGAGUGAUGGCACCUUUCCACCAGCACAUGUUCUCUCUGCGGAUUGACCCAGCCAUUGAUGGGUUCAAGAAUACUGUCUACUAUGAGGACAGCGUUCCACUCCCCGAAAAUGAGAAUAACCCCUGGCUCGUUGGGUAUACAACAGAACAGACUGUCCUAGAUAAGUCUGGAACCGCAAACACAAGUGUUGACCGCCACCGUGUGUUUAAGAUUCGCAAUGAUAAAAUUACCAACCCGAUUACAUACAAACCAGUGGCAUACAAGCUUCAGACUGCCCCCAGCCAAAUGCUACUGGUCAACAAGAAGGCAAUGGGUUACCAGCGUGCAGAAUUCGCCAGUAAGCCCAUCUGGGUCACCAAGUACCAGGACGACGAGCUAUACGCAGCAGGCGAAUUCACCAACCAGAGCAGACGCGCAAAUGGCGUUGAGACAUGGGUCCAAAGGAACGACACCACCGAAAACGAAGACGUCGUUUUAUGGCACACAUUCGGUCUUACCCACAACCCCCGCAUUGAGGACUUCCCAGUAAUGCCAAUGGAGCGAAUCAGCGUUAUGCUCAAGCCUGACGGUUUCUUCACCAAGAACCCAGCCUUGGACGUGCCGCAGUCAACACAAGCUUUCAACAAAUCUACGCUUCACCCCGAAGCUGUAGCCGUGGAUAGCUGCUGCUCUAGUGCUGGGGGAAGUAGAGCUAAGCUUUACAGGCGUGUUGAAUAG